ACAGAAUGGAGAUGUAUGCAUUUCAAUCCUUCAUCUGCCUGUAGAUGACCCACAGAGUGGAGAGCUGCCCUCUGAAAGGUGGAAUCCUCCUCAGAAUGUGAGGACUAUCGUGCUGAGUGUAAUCUCCCUGCUUAAUGAGCCCAACACCUUUUCUCCAGCCAAUGUGGAUGCUUCAGUCAUGUUCAGGAAAUGGAGGGACAGCAAAGGAAAGGACAAGGAGUACGCUGAGAUCAUUAGGAAACAGGUCUCAUCCAUGAAACCUGAAGCAGAAAAGGAUGGAGUGAACGUCCCCACAACCCUGGCAGAAUACUGCAUCAAAACUAAAGUGCCUUCCAAUGACAACAGCUCAGAUUUGCUUUAUGACGACCUGUAUGAUGACGACAUUGAUAACGAAGACAAGGAGGAAGAAGAUGCCGACUGUUAUAAUGAUGAUGAUUCUGGAAAUGAGGAAUUGUGACAUGUUCCUUCAGUUCCCUGUACUGCC